CCUCCAAGAACAAGUUUUUAGCGUUGGGUCAGCAAAGGAUAGUAAUUUAUUGCGGUAGAAAUUAAAACAGAAUUGUUCCUUAAAGCGAAGCAAUGAACUGUGGAGCACUGAGACGCACUUUUUAACUAAUAGCGAGUGUUCUUGUUUUUAUACGUAGAAUUUCACUGUUAGUUUACAUUUUACUUUAAAGGAGUCAGGUUCGACUGUUCCUGGAGACAACAGAAAUCACCUAUUACUGACCUUCAACUGUAAACCGGUUAUUACCAUUCAAGAAUAAAGCUCACUCCUUGCUGUGACCACGAUGGAUUCGGGCGGCAAGGAAGUAACCUUCACGUUGAUGCUGGCAGUGGUUACUGCUGUGAUCGGCUCACUCCAGUUUGGCUACAACACCGGUGUCAUUAACGCACCUCAGGAGAUCAUCGAGGCCUUCUACAAUGAAACCUGGUUCGACCGUUAUGAUACCUCCAUCACCAAAACGGCGCUCACCACGCUGUGGGCCAUCUCGGUCUCUGUCUUCCCUGUGGGCGGCAUCAUUGGCUCAUUCUCUGUGGGCCUCUUUGUCAAUCGCCUCGGCAGGAAGAACUCCAUGCUGGUGGCUAACAUCUUAGCAUUCAUCUCGGCAGCCUGUAUGGGCUUCUCCAAGUGGGGGGGUUCCUUUGAGUUGCUAAUCGUUGGCCGCUUUAUAGUAGGGCUGUACUCGGGCCUCUCCUCCGGCUUCGUGCCCAUGUACGUGGGCGAGAUCUCUCCUACCAACCUUCGCGGGGCACUGGGCACCCUCCACCAGCUGGGGGUCGUCAUCGGCAUCCUCAUCGCGCAGGUGUUUGGCCUCGAUACCAUCUUGGGCAACGAGACCCUGUGGCCCCUCCUACUGAGCUUCACCUUCCUUCCAGCCUUGCUGCAGUGCAUCCUGUUGCCCUUCUGCCCCGAAAGCCCUCGCUUCCUGCUCAUCAACCGCGGCGAGGAGAACAAGGCCAAGAGCAUUCUGAUAAAGCUGCGCGGCACCAGUGAUGUGACUGUCGACAUGCUGGAGAUGAAGGAGGAGAGUCGGCAGAUGAUGAGCGAGAAGAAGGUGACGCUGAAAGAGCUGCUCCUGUCGCAGCAGUACCGCCAGCCGCUCCUGGUGGCAGUCAUGCUGCAUCUCUCCCAGCAGCUCUCGGGGAUCAAUGCUGUCUUCUACUAUUCCACUGACAUUUUCAAAAGGGCGGGGGUCUCUCAGCCCGUCUACGCCACCAUCGGUGCCGGGGUGGUCAACACAGCCUUCACUGUUGUCUCGUUGUUCAUCGUGGAGCGUGCUGGGCGUAGGUCCCUCCACCUGGUCGGCCUGCUGGGGAUGGCUGCUUCUGCCCUCCUGAUGACCAUUGCUCUGAAUCUACUGGAACAGCUAGAGUGGAUGUCUUACGUCAGCAUCAUAGCCAUCUUCUGCUUUGUGGCCUUCUUCGAGAUCGGACCCGGGCCCAUCCCCUGGUUCAUCGUGGCCGAGCUCUUCAGCCAGGGUCCCCGCCCAUCCGCCAUGGCUGUUGCCGGUUUCUCCAACUGGACGGCCAACUUCAUAGUGGGAAUGGGCUUCCAGUACGUCCAGCAACUGUGCGGCCCCUAUGUCUUCAUCAUUUUCAUCGUGUUCCUGCUCUUCUUCUUCGGAUUCACCUACUUCAAGGUGCCGGAAACCAAGGGGCGGACAUUCGACGAGAUCGCAGCGGGUUUCCGCUCGGAGAAGCCACCCGCGGAGGAACUCAACAGCCUGGGUGCCGGUGCCGAUUCCGAGCUCUGAGACCCCGCCCUCCCCCACACCCAAAUCCCAACCCAUCCCCCCCCUCACACAGUCGUACGAGACGGCAGAUUCCAACUACUGACAGACUCAUAAAAAAUGAGUGUCUCUCAUUUACACUGGUUUCUGAGGAUGGGCAAAUUUUCUUAUUGGGGGUGUAGGUAAAAAUGAUGUGCUCAGGACCAUUGUGAAAAUGUGGAGUUUAUGGGGGGGUUAUUUAAAGGGUGAAAAUGUCUGAGGACGAGUUUCGUUCGAUUGCUGUAUGUCUUGGAUUUUAUUUUCCUUUACUUGGUGUGGAUGUGCUCUCUGCACGUCUGCAUAAUCGCAAUGAGCACAAUUGGCACAUUAAGAUUUGUAAUCUGUACGGUUUUUUUUCCCCUGGGUUUGCGCUAAACUUGGGCCUCCUCCUUUUCUGCUUCUUUCAAUAUGAGAUGAACCAGCCUUUGGUUGACCCGAGGUCAAUCUCUCGCAAUCAGACAUAAAUGCAUCGGGGGUGCCUGUGCAUGUUAGUGAUGGGGUCAUCUCCUAGGAGGCGAUCUUCUCGGUUUGUGUCAACCCAAGUAUUUUUUUUUCAGUAUUUUUUUUUGUUUACCUUAAUAGAGAUCCAGUUACUGAAGUAUUUAUUGUAGUCUGAUUGUAUUUAUUGCACAACUUUUAAUCUUCAAAAGGCUGUUUUUAUUCUAAAAAAGGUUAUGUAAAUAUUUUUUUUUUAUAAGAUGCUGUUUGACCAUGUUAGUUUUAUGAAUUUGAAUACUUAGUUUUUUUUUUUAUUUUACAGUUUUGUUAAACUUAUCUAUUUGCUGUAGUGUCUCCAUUCAGAUAUUAGUCAGAUAAAUACCCGGAAGACUGGUUUCAGUUGCCCUACUGUUUUUACGGCAGAAGCCCUUUACGGUAUCAUGAGAUACUCAUGUGUUACACAUACAAGAGGAUGUUUUAGUGGGCAGCGUCAUGAUAGUCAUCUGACUGGAUUCUUUUGUUUUGUUUUUUUUGUCCACACCCAGUAAGAAUUCUGUGCAAACUUACUAAUAUGCUCCCCUUGAGUCAGUGCAAUAAUUACGCUGUUAAAAUAAGGAAGUUUUAAGAUUUAAAACUUGUAACGUUGUAAAAUGUUAGUGUUGUGCAUCAGUUCCGCUUAAAAUCACCAGCAGAAGUAGAGGACACAUUCCCUCUACACUGUGCUCGAAUGUAAGCCCUUUCCGUACUAGACUGGGCCAUCUAUAACGGGGACCAAUGUACAGCAGCCUCAUCUACUAGGAGUAAGUGCUUCACUCACCAGCACUGAUCCCAGGUCAGUGUGCAGCCUAGCAUGUUUGAAAGCUGCACCGAGCAAGUUUCCCCUGUAUAUUUUACACCUUUAUGAAAAGGACGGCAUUGUAUAGAUUCACACUAGAAGAAUGUCGUCCAGAAAAAGUGUUUCUCGCUAGAAUGUGCAACGAAGCAACCAAAUUGGAUUAUUUUCCAAACUCACAGAGGAAUGUGGGGUCGUCUUUGCAAUCUCAGAUUUAGAUAUUUAUAAGCCAUUUAUCUUAUAGUUUAAAGGGCAAAAGCCCUGCAUACAGCUCUGGGAAAAACUUCAGACCACAACAGAAUUUUCAGUCUUAUUCAUUUCUCGAUUUAUAGGUAUGCGAACGUGUAAAAGAUUUAAAAAAAAUUUUGCAACCUGCUGCCAGUCCCUUCACUGUUUCUCAUUAAUGAAGGGCUUCUUCGUUGCUUUAUGGAACUUCAGUCCUGCUUCUAGCAGCCUGAUAUGAACUGUCCUAGCAGUGCACUUCACACCUGCACUUAAUGUUUCCCAUUCCUUUUGAAGGUCACUUGAUGUCAUCCUAUGAUUCAUGAGAAACUGUGGGUUAACAGUCAUCUCUGGCAUUAAAAAAAUCACGCCUGGCUGCUUUCUGGUUGUUCAAAGUGUCAUUUUCUUUUUUUUUUAUCCAGGGUUUGAAAAUGCAGAUUCUUAAGAACAUAGUGGUCUCAAUUUCCAGAGCUGUUCGAGUACCUGUUCGGGUUUCCCUGCACUAUACAGCAGCACCUAUAUAUAUCGUUCUAGCCCAGGAUGCUCAGUUGUUGGUCAGUCCUGGGUUAGUCCCAUAGAACCAAAGCUUAACCACACUGCCUUUUGUUUCAUUGUCACCAGCUGUGUUGCAGAAAUGUUGACUGGGGAAAAUAAUGCUGAAAGUUGUUCUGCAUACAGUUAUGCAAACACUGAGGUCAAGCAAUAAAUACUGUAAAGGUCUGAACUAUACCCAGAGGAUGGUGUCCCAUCCCGAAGAAUGUAAA